CCGGAGGACACCGACCGUCUGAGUCCAGCUUUACCGAGGAGAGCACCGGGAGGAGAGGAGAGGAUCUGUGCUCCUGUCUGUACCUACCGGAGAGGAGGAAGAGGAGGAUCUUCAGAGCUGGAUCUGGAGCGACCAGCCGCCUUUUCUUCAGUCAGGGCUGCGGUAAAAGUCGUUCACGAUGCCGGUGUUUCACACCAAGACCAUCGAGAGUAUCCUGGAGCCGGUGGCCCAGCAGAUCUCCCACCUGGUCAUCAUGCACGAGGAGGGGGAGGUGGACGGUAAAGCCAUCCCGGAUCUGACGGUGCCGGUGGCCGCGGUGCAGGCGGCUGUCAGCAACCUUGUGCGGGUGGGGAAGGAGACGGUUCAAACCACCGAGGACCAGGUGAUGAAGAGGGACAUGCCUCCUGCGUUCAUUAAGGUGGAGAACUCGAGCUCUAAGCUGGUGCAGGCGUCUCAGAUGCUGAAGGCGGAUCCAUACUCUGUUCCUGCUCGAGAUUACCUGAUAGAUGGAUCCAGAGGGAUCCUGUCAGGGACUUCUGACCUGCUUCUUACCUUCGAUGAGGCCGAGGUGAGGAAGAUCAUUCGGGUAUGUAAAGGUAUCCUUGAGUAUCUGACAGUAGCUGAGGUGGUGGAGACUAUGGAGGACCUCAUCACCUACACCAAGAACCUGGGACCAGGUAUGACCAAAAUGUCAAAGAUGAUCGAGGAGCGACAGCAGGAGCUCACUCAUCAGGAGCACCGACAGAUGCUGGUCAGCUCCAUGAACACCAUCAAAGAGCUGCUGCCUGUCCUCAUAUCAGCUAUAAAGAUUUUUGUGGCUACAAAGAGCAGUCGAGGUGCCGGUGUCGAGGAGGCAGAGAGGAACAGAAGGUUUACUUUUGAAAAGAUGAGCGCUGAAAUCAACGAAAUCAUCCGAGUGUUACAGCUCACCACGUGGGACGAAGACGCCUGGGCCAAUAAGAAGGAUAUGGAGGCUUUGAAGAGAUCUCUGGCUUUGAUAGAGUCAAAGAUGGGGCAGGCUAAAAGCUGGCUCAAAGACCCUCAUGGACAGCCAGGAGACCCUGGUGAGGUGGCCCUGCGUGUGAUUCUGGAUGAAGCUGGUAAAGUGGGAGAACUGUGUGCUGGGAAGGAGAGGAAAGACAUUCUGGCAACAGCUAAGGCUCUGGGACAGAUGACGGACCAGGUCGCAGACCUACGACUCAGAGGCCAGGGCCCGACCCCGGGGUGUGUUCAGCGAGCAGGCCAGUGCUCACAGGGCUUAGACUUGUUAUUUGGCAAAGUGGACAGUGCUGCUCGCAGACUGGAGGCUUUAAUCAAUGCCAAGCAGGCCAUUGCCAGGAGGCUGGAUGCUGCACAGGCCUGGCUGGCCGAUCCUAAUGGCGGUCCUGAGGGGGAGGAGAACAUCAGAGCGCUGCUAGCAGAGGCCAAACGCAUCGCUGAUCUUUGUGAAGACCCCAAAGAGAGGGACGACAUCCUGCGCUCCAUCAGUGAGAUCGCAGGCCUCACCGCCAGACUCAUGGAGCUGCGCAGACAGGGUAAAGGUGACAGUCCCGAGGCCCGUGCUUUAGCAAAGCAGAUCGGCGCAGCCCUGCUGACCCUGCAGUCCAAAACCAACCGUGCUGUAGCCAACAUGAGACCGGCAAAACCUGCCGUCACCCUGGAGGGUAAGAUGGAGCAGGCCCUGCGCUGGGUGAACAACCCCGGAGUGGACGACAGAGGAAUAGGUCAGGCAGCGAUCAGAGGGAUGGUUGGAGAAGGGAAGCGGCUGGCAGGAGGCCUAUUGGGUCCGUACAGACAGGAUAUGAUUGGACGCUGCGACCGAACAGAGGGUCUGAUGAACUCUUUGGCAGACAUGGCCAGCAGGGGCGAAGCUGAGGCUCCUCAUGCUCGAGCAACAGCUGCACAACUGCAGGACAGCCUCAAGGACCUGAGGCAGCACAUGCAGGAGGUGAUGACCCAGGAAGUAUCUGAUGUUUUCAGUGACACCACCACACCUGUGAAGCUGCUGGCUGUGGCUGCGACUGCCCCCCCUGAUGCCCCCAACAGAGCUGAGGUUUUUGAGGAGCGUGCAGGAAACUUCGAGGCCCACGCAGGUCGUCUUGGGGCGACUGCAGAAAAAGCUGCAGCCGUGGGAACAGCCAAUAAGAGCACAGUAGAGGGUAUACAUGCUGCUGUGAAACAUGCCAGGGAGCUCACACCACAGGUGACUUCAGCUGCUCGGAUCCUGCUGAAAAAUCCAGGAAAUAAAGCGGCAUAUGAGCACUUUGACACCAUGAAGAAUCAGUGGAUCGACAACGUGGAGAGGCUCACUGGUCUGGUGGAUGAGGCCAUCGACACCAAAUCUCUGCUCGAUGCAUCCGAGGAGGCGAUAAAGAAAGACAUAGACAAGUGCAGAGUUGCCAUGGCGAAUGUUCAGCCCCAAAUGCUUGUUGCCGGGGCAACAAGCAUAGCAAGACGAGCUAACCGGGUCCUGUUGGUGGCUAAGAGGGAGGUGGAAAACUCUGAGGAUCCUCGGUUCAGAGACACAGUAAAGCAUGCGUCGGACAUCCUCUCACACACCAUCUCACCAAUGGUGAUGGAUGCUAAGGCUGUGGCUGGAAACAUUCAAGAUAAAGCUCUGCAGAAGGCUUACUUAGACUCAUGUCUGAGGAUUUUGGCAGCAGUGGGAAAAGUCAGAGAAGCCUUCCAGCCUCAGGAGCCUGACUUCCCUCCUCCACCACCAGACCUGGACCAGCUCCAUGUUAGCGAUGAGCAGGCUCCACCAAAGCCCCCCUUGCCAGAGGGUGAGGUGCCCCCACCUCGACCCCCUCCUCCAGAGGAGAAGGAUGAGGAGUUCCCAGAGCAGAAGGCUGGAGAGGUGCUGAGCGAACCCAUGAUGGUGGCCGCAAGGCAGCUGCACGAUGAAGCACGCAAGUGGUCGAGCAAGCCUGAGGAUGAGGAGGCAGUAGAGGAGAGGGAGGUAGAUGAUGAAGAUGAGUUUACUGAUGGUGAGGAUGACUAUGAGCCAGAACUGCUGAUGAUGCCCUCCAACCAGCCUGUCAAUCAACCCAUUCUGGCAGCUGCCCAGUCUCUCCACCAGGAGGCGCGCAAAUGGUCCAGCAAGGGUAAUGAUAUCAUAGCAGCAGCCAAAAGGAUGGCUCUGUUAAUGGCAGAAAUGUCUCGACUGGUGCGUGGUGGAAGUGGGAACAAACGAGCGCUGAUCCAGUGUGCUAAGGACAUCGCCAAGGCCUCAGAUGAGGUGACAAGACUGGCAAAAGAAGUGGCCAAGCAGUGCACUGACAGACGCAUUAGAACUAACCUGCUACAGGUGUGUGAGAGGAUCCCCACCAUCAGCACUCAGCUGAAAAUUCUCUCAACUGUCAAAGCCACCAUGUUGGGACGAACAAACAUCAGCGAAGAGGAGUCUGAGCAGGCCACAGAGAUGCUGGUCCAUAAUGCCCAGAAUCUGAUGCAGUCUGUGAAGGAGACAGUCAGAGAAGCAGAAGCCGCCUCUAUCAAGAUCCGCACAGAUGCAGGCUUUACCCUUCGCUGGGUACGCAAGACCCCGUGGUACCAAUAAAAAAAAACACUUGAUCGCUGACACUAGGGACUCUCUUUACUCUGCAGCGAUAGCAAAUGACUUGAUUCAAGGUAGCAAAUGUGCACUUCUUCAAAGAAAACUGCAGGUGAUUUUUGUCCAUCCUCCACUGUAGUUUUACACCGGGAAUGUCUGGUACAAAGCAGGUUUUAUUUGUUGGAGGCAGUGCAGCUUUGCUCUCCAGUUCCCUUUAUCUGUAAUCGUGGUAUCCUGCAGGCUCAUCAGAGACACUUUUUGAAUAUAUAUUUUUGGUAUGUUGUGUUACAAGAGCUUAUCAGAAUCCCAGGUAAAUAUAUUUUUUUGCAUGGAAAUUUUUUCUAUUUUCUAAAGACAAAUUAUGAAAACUAGAAACUUGUCUAUGGAGGACAUUUACUUUAAUUCAGUUUCUUAUUGUCUAUUGUAUAUACAGCAGUAAUUUGUUUUUUUGGACAACACUCAGCUCUGAGUUUUGUACACUGAGUUUGACACUAAAGUGUGGAGUCUUGCGUGGGCUGAUGAGCCUCUUCAUGUUUACGUUUAGAAAUAACGCUGUUCUUAACUAAAGAUCUAUGAAUUUUAAGGUGAAAUAUAAUUACUUGAAGAACUAUAAUGUCUUCUGGAUUGAAAGUGCUAGAACUUAAAGGCAAACGAUACAGCAUCUAGGGUGAUUGUAUAUUUGAAAAAAUGUAUUAUUGUCAGUAGAGCUUUUUGUUGAUGGAGUAUCUAAAAUUGAUAGUUGGGAGAUUUUCACAGAGCUGGGAUGUUGUGAAUGUCACUUUUGAAUUAUUUGUUUUAACUUGAUUUAAUCGGACAGUGAACAAUGCCAAAGGUUUUCUUUCACACUACUGUAAGCCUCAUUAAGUUCUCUUAACAUUCAAAACCAGGUUAUACAGUUAACACAGGGUCCUUCUCACACAUGCAAUCUUGAAUACUUUUAGAAAUAUCAGGAAAGCUUGCUCAGAAAUCUUCCCAAUAUCCUCUUUAAGGCUGGCAUAAUACUAGAUGGUUUUAAAUAUGAUGUAAGGCUUAAUUUGCAACCACCAACGAUCAAGUGGCCUAAUUUGAGCCUUUUCACAACUGAUUAUCUGUCUGAAUAAUUUUCAAGCGUCUAGUCAAUACAAUUUUUUUACUACCUGAUGGAAUGUGAGUCUCCUUGAUCUGGAAUCAUAAAUAUCAGACAUGUUAAAGGUUUACGAUCCCAGGUCGGGAUGCUUUUAACAGAAUACCAAUAAAAGCCAGUGAGAACAAACUGACAGGGUAGCAUCACCAAACAGAAUUUGAAUAUUUUUACAGCUAACUAACAUACAGUAAAUCCAACGAUUUUUUUUUUUUUUUUUUGCUGGCAAACAGAACACACACCAGGACAGCCAGCUGAAGAUGUCAGUCAUCCUCCAUGUUUGUUUUUCACAUUUGAUCACAAUUUUCUGUGAAAUCUCAUGGCUGUGGAAUCACCACUGUGAAAUCAUUACUUCAAAUGGCAGGUGUGCGGUCUCUGCCUGCCUCUCACAAAUUCCAAACAGACCGAACAUCUCAGACGCCCCCUCUCAUAGACUGUUUGUUGGGAUGCCAACUCAGUCAGAUCAGAAAUAGGCACUUCAGUUUUUUAACUAAAAUAGGAUAAAACUUCCAUUCAGGGUUACGGUAAAGCUUAAGGUAAGGGUCGGGAUACCAAAAGUUCAACGUUAAAAACCUGACCUGAAAAAGCCUCAUUACAAAACAUUUAAUAAAGCUGAGUAAACAGUCUGCUAAAAGGAAAAACGCUCAUCCUCCAUAAAAAAAAUAGUCUAGCAUAGCAAAUGUAGCUGCAUAAUCUACGUAAAUAAUGUAGCUACACAGCUAACGUAGCUAAAGAUAAGCUCAUAAAGCACAUGGAUAUCAGUACAAACUAAGCUCUGUAGUUAACGUAGCAAACGUAAGCCAAUGUAGCCACAUUAGCUUUGCUAUUUUUGCCAGAGCUCAUGUUGCUAACGCCUAGUUUCCACAACUCCAAACUUUCCACUUAAAUGUUAAAAUAUAUAUGACACUACUAAAGCUGUCUUACAGCCCUUUAUAUUGACUGAGAAAUCCUGAGAAAUUUCAUAUCAAAUAGCUUAAUAUGUCUGCAUAUCAAGCUGAUAAAUAUGACUGGUAGCCUGUUAGAUAGUUUGCACCCUGCCAUACAGUUUCUAUGAAAUCUGCUGCAAAAGUUCAGUUUUUCCAACAUACUAAAGGUACAUUCCAGGGGAAAAUAUUACAGAGGGCAGGAGUUUUGCAGGUAUGACGGACAUCAUGGAGCUUCCCAUAGGAAUGAAUGGACUUCCUGUUGACUUAGCUCCAUAACUACAUGUGUGGAAAUGAGGCUUACAUAGCAACAUUAACUACGAAGCUAGCGUAGCUUUGUUAGCAUUGGCUAAAGCUUUUAGAGCUAAGGCGAGCCACCAUUUGUCUAACUACUUCUUAAAUGGGUCUCUACAUAAUGUAAUCCCUUUGACCCUUGUUCUCUGUUUUAUUUAUGAAAUGCUGCUUAGUCUGUAAUGUGGGGGGGGGUGUCAGAGAUGUAUGGUCUGUAGCCAGAGCCCUCGCACUAAAUUUGCCAUGCUUUGCUGGCGGUGAGAAACAGCAUACAUUGUUUUUAUAUAGCCUUGCUGAGCCUCCCCCGUCGUUUCUUUGGGGCACCCUUUGGAGCCAUGGACCCACCAUCACCGGUCUAGUUUGAGCAUUUGGAGAACUGUUAUCUCAGAGAAGUCCAACUAUUCUCAUGGCUAUGGUCUCUUAAAAUUUGUACAACUGGGAAAUCAUCUAUUUUGUUGCCAGCCCACUUUUCACUAAGAGACUUUCCUUUAAGAGGACACUACGGGAGCGGCUGAUGCAGAGGUGCUUUAUAAUCAAUUCUAUUUGUAAUUGGAUAAACAGCAUAAAAGAAAGCUGGACUAAAAUGCAAUGCAGGCAAACAGAAAAGAUAAUGAAGGAUACAUGAAGACUGAACUGGCUCCACAGCGAUGGCAGAGUAUGAACGUUGUCAUCCUGGGCCACUCGCUAAGAUUGACCUUACCGAAGUAUGACCUGCUGUGCUCACACAUUAGUUCAGCCCAACUUAUUCUGGAAAUUUUAGUUAAAAGCUGGGAGAAAAAAAAAAGUCUGGAUAAAGUAAUGGUUAAAAAAAACAACUUUUAUUUUUGCAUUUACACAUGACGCACACUCAACAGUUUUCAGGACAUUUUUAGAGUUUUGUGCGUGUGUGAAAAGGCUUUAACAGUUCUCCAUAGAGACCCUGCAGAAAGCCUAUGUUUGGUGAAGAGGUGUUUUUUUUUUUAACUACGAAGUCUGUUUUCUGCUUUUUUAAACGUAUACCAGUACUAUGUUUCUGCUCUAUCUCUAUAACAGUUGAACUGUUUGGGUUUAUUUAUGAAACUAUCAAAAAAAACAUUGUUAUUUUCAGCCAACAAAGAUCCUCUUAUAAACAUGUCUGUAUUUUUAGAGCUCAGUAGACCCACUUUGAAUGUUCUGACUCACAUGUUCUUGGUGACCCAGGUGGUUUAAAUACAAAAACAACCUUUUUAAUGUGAUUUCAGGUAUUGUUCUCAUUUUUAAGGUUUAGAUCAAAAUACUUUUAAAAUGGUUGUACUUGUCUGGAAUUAAUAUACAGCAGUAUUACAUGAAAUCGGAGUAGUGUGUAAUUUCCUAAAGAGAUGCUCAUCAAGUUUUUGGUAGAUUUUUCUCAACGUCUGAGCAAAUUUUCAACAGAGAAUCUUUAAGUUUGUGUGAAUGUGUGAAGCUUAUUCACUUAAACAGUGUUAAUGAGCAGUCCCACAGGGACAGCAGCACUGAAUGUUUUCUGCAUUUUCAUAUUUAUUUGGGCCUACUGAGCAUGUAGCAGUCUCUGACUCCUCGCUGAGAGGGACAGGGUGUAUACGUCUGUGUGUACGUGAUGGUUCAUUCACACCCUGAAUGUAUUCUGAUAGCUUCUAGCCCUGCCAACACAUCUGCUGUGCCUUGGAAGAAUUAAAGACUACAAUGAUGA